GGGCCGGGUGGGAGGGGCAGUAGGGGGGGCAGGGUCUCACAGUGCCCUAUGCGCCUGCGCCCCGGCUCAAGGUGGGGUUGCCGGCGCCCACACUGUAGCUUGCUCGCAGGGGCAGGGGGCAACUGUCAGCUGUCAAACCCGAGGUGAGCAGUGGCAGGAUGGCGACAGCCUCUGGGUCCUCGGACUUGGCUGGCUCCGGAGCGCCCCCGCCCGGCGGGGGAACCCAGGCGGCGACAGCAGCUGAGGAGGAGGAGCGAGAGGUGGUACGGGUCCGAGUCAAGAAAUGUGAGAGCAUCUUGCCACAUGAGUUCCGUUCUUUUGCUGUAGACCCCCAGAUCACCUCACUGGACGUGUUACAGCACAUCCUCAUCCGAGCUUUUGACUUGAAUGGGAAGAAGAACUUUGGCAUCAGCUACCUUGGCCGGGACCGACUAGGACAAGAAGCUUACCUCUCACUCUUGUCUGACUGGGACCUCAGCACAGCCUUUGCCUCUGCCUCCAAACCUUACCUGCAGUUGCGUGUAGACAUUCGGCCCUCAGAGGAUAGCCCGUUGCUGGAAGACUGGGACAUAAUAAGCCCCAAGGAUGUCAUUGGCUCUGAUGUGUUGCUGGCUGAGAAACGGUCAUCACUGACGACUGCCGCCCUGCCCUUUACACAGUCCAUCCUCUCUCAGGUGGGCCGGACCUUAUCUAAAGUCCAGCAGGUGCUAAGCUGGUCAUAUGGAGAAGAUAUCAAGCCCUUCAAACCACCCCUGAGUGAUGCUGAGUUUCACAUGUACCUGAACCACGAGGGCCAGCUCUCCCGCCCUGAGGAGUUGCGCCUGAGGAUCUAUCAUGGUGGUGUGGAGCCUUCCCUGAGAAAAGUGGUGUGGCGGUACUUGCUGAAUGUGUACCCAGAUGGACUAACAGGCCGAGAGCGGAUGGACUACAUGAAGCGCAAGAGUCGCGAGUAUGAGCAGCUCAAGAGUGAGUGGGCCCAGCGCGCGAGCCCCGAGGACCUGGAAUUCAUCCGCAGCACGGUCCUCAAGGAUGUACUGCGCACUGACAGGGCCCACCCCUACUAUGCGGGGCCUGAGGAUGGCCCACACUUGCGAGCACUACAUGACCUGCUCACCACCUAUGCUGUUACCCACCCACAGGUGUCCUACUGCCAGGGAAUGAGUGAUCUUGCCUCACCCAUCCUUGCCGUCAUGGACCAUGAGGGCCAUGCCUUUGUCUGCUUUUGUGGCAUCAUGAAGCGCCUGGCUGCCAACUUCCAUCCUGAUGGCCGUGCCAUGGCCACCAAGUUUGCUCACCUCAAGCUGCUGCUGCGACAUGCUGACCCUGACUUUUACCGGUACCUACAAGAAGCAGGUGCUGAUGACCUCUUCUUCUGUUACCGCUGGCUGCUGCUUGAGCUCAAGCGCGAGUUCGCCUUUGAUGAUGCCCUCCGCAUGCUUGAAGUCACCUGGAGUUCACUGCCCCCUGAUCCUCCUGAACAUGAGGUGGAACUGGUGGGACCCCCCAGCCAAGUGGCAGACAAUGGCUUUGGUGGCCACAGGGGCCGGCCUGUGCGACAGAGGCACAUGCUGAGGCCUGCUGGUGGAGGAGCCAGUGCCUUUGAAGAUGCUGUUGACCACUUGGCCACCUCUGGUCAGGGGCCUGGUGGGGGGGGGCGUCUCCUGAGACAAGCCAGCCUGGAUGGCCUCCAGCAACUCAGGGAUAACAUGGGCCCCAGGAGGGACCAUCUGGUCCAGCUGCCUUGUCCAGCUGCCCUCAUCAGUUCCAAGUCCCUCUCUGAGCCCUUGCUAAAUUCCCCAGAUCCACUAUUCUCCUCCUUUUCCCAUCCUGAUUCCCCAUCCUCCUCAUCUCCACCAUCCACCCAGGAGGCUUCUCCUACUGGUGACAUGGUUGUAGGAUCCCCCUUGAUGCCAGAAGUAGGUUCCCCAAGAGACCCUGGGAAGUCCCUGCCACCCCCACCCCCAGUGAGCCUGCCCCCACCCCAGGAGUUUGGCCGGGGGAACCCGUUCAUGCUCUUCCUCUGCCUGGCCAUCCUGCUGGAGCACCGUGACCACAUCAUGCGCAAUGGGCUAGAUUACAAUGAGCUGGCCAUGCACUUUGACCGCCUUGUGCGAAAACACCACCUGGGGCGUGUCCUGCGUCGGGCCAAGGCUCUCUUCGCUGAUUACCUACAGUCAGAAAUGUGGGACUCGGAGGAGGGGGCUGAGGCCACAGCUCCAUCUUGAUCAGGUUCCUUCCAGCCCACUGUUAGUCCCCCAACCAGAUGUCCAUUCUUUGCCAUGAGGGCCUACACAUAAGACCCCACCUCCCUGCCUGCCAGUCCUAGACCUGUUGGAGUGUGGGGCCCUUUCUCCCCAGGUUCGAGCGUGUGGGGCUCUGCUUCAGCACUGCCCCAUGGAGGCCACAACUUUUUUCUGUUUUUGUUGUUUUGUUUUUAACAACUAUACUUUGCACACAUGAA